UAAAUAAAUAAUGGAAAAAUCCAACUUGGUGUACCUUCCUCUUUGACAGAGGCUUUGCUGUGAAUGGAUGGAAAAAACGGAUGAACAGCUCAGAGUUUUAAAAGUCUUUGUUAAACAUAUCGGCAUCCCGCUUGGUUUUUCUGUGUGAUAUUUGAUUGUCCUUCAGUCAGGCGAAGAAACUAUUGAAAAUGAUUGUGUAACAUAAAAGUUCAUUAACUUUCUGAGAAUAAAGCACCACCGUGAAAGCAAUAUGGUUUCAAGUAAUAAUGGUGAGAAUAGUGGUGGAGGUAAGGAAUCUCCUGGUACUAAAGUCAAAGGUAAUGUCGAUCUGCACGUCUCAACAUCACAAAGGGGUCUUAUAAAUGAAGAAAAUUCAAGAAAUGGGUUAAAUGAUGGUUUAUCAGCUCUUUCCAAAAGGCUAAGAUUCCUUAAGUUUGGUAAUUUGUCUUCUCCAUCAGCCAAAUUUCAGCGUAUAGCUGAGGAGAGGGAUGAACUCUCACGCAAUGUACCUUCUGCUACCACCCUUCACAUCCGUGAACGUGUUAAUAGGAUUUUCUCUCAGAAAAUUGAUUGGACUUCUCUUGGGAAAAUUUGCAAAGAAUGGAUAAGGAAUCCCAUGAAUUUGGCUCUUUUUAUCUGGAUUACUUGUGUUGCUGUUUCUGGUGCUAUUCUGUUUAUGGUUAUGGUUGGAAUGUUGAACCAUGCCAUACCAAAGAAGUCUCAACGAGAUACUUGGUUUGAAGUCAAUAAUCAAAUUCUCAAUGCACUGUUCACCCUCAUGUGUUUAUACCAACACCCAAUACGAAUAUAUCACCUAGCACUAUUAUUCAGAUGGAGGCCAGAAGAUGUUUUAAAGCUCAGGAAAGUUUACUGCAAGAAUGGCACCUAUAAACCCCAUGAGUGGGCACACAUGAUGGUGGUUGUGGCUCUAUUCAACCUAAACUGUUUUGCUCAGUAUGCAUUAUGUGGUCUCAACUUGGGAUACAGGAGAUCUAAACGACCAGCUAUUGGGGUGGGAAUAUGCAUCUCUGUUGCGAUUGGUGCCCCUGCAAUUGCUGGUAUUUACACCAUGCUUAGUCCACUUGGGAAAGACUAUGAGACUGAGUUGGAUGAAGAAGCACAACUUCCGGUUACCACUGAUGGAAGUAGCCGACCAGAUCAACUGAGGAGGCAAUCAUUUCAAAAAAGAUUUUCAUUUGCAUUGAGAGAUGAGGAAAGAAACAUCGUGAGUAGACCUCUGUGGAGUGGAGGUAUUCUUGAUUUUUGGGAUGAUAUUUCCUUAGCUUAUCUAUCACUAUUUUGUAGCUUCUGUGUUUUUGGAUGGAAUAUGGAGAGACUUGGGUUCGGUAACAUGUAUGUUCACAUUGUUACUUUUCUUCUAUUUUGUAUGGCUCCUUUUUGGAUUUUCAACCUGGCUGCCGUUAAUAUAGACAGUGAUACUGCCAGGGCAGCAUUAAGUGUUGCCGGUAUUUUCCUUUGCAUAUUUGGGCUACUGUAUGGUGGUUUUUGGAGGAUUCAGAUGAGAAAGACAUUUAAUUUGCCCCCAUAUAACUUUUGUUUUGGUAAACCAGCUGUCAGUGACUUUGUUCUGUGGCUUUGCUGCUGUUGGUGUUCUCUAGCUCAGGAAGUACGGACAGGUAAUUCAUAUGCUAUUGUGGAGGAUAAGUUCUGCUGGAGAAAAGGUGACCAAUUGCCAAUGUCUCCUUUGCCCCACGAAGAUCGGGAAUUUCAGUUUAGGUCCAGCCCGAGUUCUCCUCUAGGUUACAGCUCCUCUCCAUCUCAUAUAAUGAAAGCUAACACCCCAAGUCCUAGCCACUUUCCGAAGGAAUACUACAGUCCACAGAGGCAGCUUUCUUUAAUUGAAGAAGAAUCUCAUAGACAAGUUCAUGCCAUUGCCUGAAGCAAAAUGGUCCAUAGAAGAUCACUGCCUAUAUACUUGGUGGAAUAAAUUUUCCAAGGAUCAGGACAUGGCGCAUGGCAAGUUUUUGCCCAUCUGUUGAUACAUUCGUUGGCAUUAUUCUCGAGAGAUGAUUGAACAGAGAAGAUUAUCUCAGUCAGACGUGGGGGUGUCCAAGUAAAUAAUAGAUCUCAUUGACUCAAAUUCAAUGCAAAAACCGGUAACAAUCAGUAAUUCUUUGUGGUUGGCAACAUUAACUGCAAUUUUGGGGAAGCAGUGUCAAGUAUGCUUGAAGAUGUUAUGGCUCAAAAUUGUCCUCUGCAUUACUUGGGCAUCGUUUAUUUGGUACAUUUAUACAUGCCUACAUUUGACUGUACUUAUACAUGCUUGGGAUUAAUUGUUAAGAAUUUGCCUUGGUUAUUACUUCAUCCAAGUAAAAUUAGAACGGACUUGCUAUACUUCUCUUUCAAUGUCUACUGCGAAAUGGUGGGUCUGCUGACUGAAGGUCGUAGAGUAUGUUCUUCAAUGAAGACAUAAGUUUUUCCGGCUGAAGGUUGUAUAUUCUGACAUCUAACAACCUAAAGUAUCAAUUUCAGCACUUUGCAUAUAGUUUUACAUCUAAGGGUUUUUCUUCUUCCGAGUAAACCACUUCAGCUGGGAUAGGUGUUUUUAGGCUCCUAUCCAAUAGUGUAGUGGGAGGGUUGGGCGCAGUCCCCUACAUGUAUAUUAAUAUAGAAAUGAAGUACAUGGAGGGGGAUGUUGGGCCUUACCUCCUAACAAGAACAUACAAAAGAGAACUUGUGAAAUUUAAACAAGUACUCCUCCCAUUGCAUAUUAAAGGAGCCGAUUCUAAGCAUGCAACACUUAGCUACUGAUUAUAAAGCCCCUAAUUUGAAAUUUCUUUUCCGGGAUUCUUAAAUGUGGAAGGUCAAGCGUAUCAGUUCUUAGGGUACCCUUACCUUAUCACUCAAUGAGUUACUUUCACCACUGACUUGCUCUUAAUCUGCAGCCAUGUUUGGUUCUACCCCUUGGUUUCUGUCAACAUUCUUCUAAUGUCAUCCAGUAAGCACACUGCUUCCCAUAGCCCUGGUUACCUAGUCCUUAUAGUGUUAACUAGACUUGAUGAAACCUCUUCCACCUCUAUCCUUUCUAUCUUUUUUAGCUUACAAAUGCUCAAUCCCUUGUCGAAUCUGCCAUGAAGCUAUUACAAUUUGUCCUAAGGAGGCUUUGUGACACCCAUAAGUAAUCAACUUAUACAUCCUUCAUUUGUUCUUUGCCAUCUAAUCAAUACUAUAAUUUCCUGCUAUGCUUUGAUCUCCUUUCCAGCUUCUUUUCAAUAUUAUCUCAGUCCGUACAAGCAAUUUGAUCAGACAUUCCACCCUCCAAAUUAUC